AUGUCGGAGGAGAAGCCCCCGGAAGGUGUGAAAACGGAGAACGAGCACAUCGACCUGAGAGUUGCCGGGCAGGACGGCUCCGUGGUGCAGUUCAGAAUCAAGCGGCACACUCCCCUGAGCAAGCUCAUGCAGGCGUACUGCUGCCGACAGGGCUUGUCAAUGAGGUACAUUAUGUUCCUGUUUGAUGGAAAGCCCAUUAAAGAAGCAGACACACCUGCACAGCUGGAGAUGGAACAUGAUGACACGAUCGAAGUGUACCAGCAGCAGACAGGAGGAGGGUGCUAA